GAAAAAACAGGAAGCAAGAAGAGAAGCACGAGAGGAGAGAGAAAUUUAGAGGCGAAGCGGAAAAGCUCAGAACUUUACCUCGUUUUUCGUCGGAAUUCGAUCGACAACCCGUCUCAUUUCCCUCCCGCGAUCAGAAUGUUGGUGAUUAGAGGUUAUGCUCGGAUCUUUCCCUCGAUAUUUCUCUACUUUUUUAGACCAGCUUUGGUCCGGUGGUGGAAUUAGCCGCAAUGUUCGAAGCUCAAUUCAUUGAAGGGGUUUCUUGAUUGUUUGUCUGAUUUUGGGGACGCGUUGGUUGGUUUCGUUUGGAUUUGUUGCUGGUAUUUUGGAGAGGCACUAAUGUGAAUGCAUGAUUUGCUACGCGUUUGUUGAAAAUAUGCAAUUUUGGAGGAGUUGGUUGUUAUUUGAGUAAAUUGAGAAAUUUCCUGGUAUUUAGAGUUGAAGAUCAUAUUCUCUUAUUUUUGAUAGUAUUGAGGGCCUUGUUGAUAUUGAACCUUGUUGUGGCUGUAUUUUGAAGCCACUGAUUGGAAUUCUUUUUCGCUUACCAAAUGGAGAUUAAUAAUGGGUUAGUAACUGUUACCCAUAAUCGUGCUAACAGUUAAAAGGCUAGUCAUGAUUGGGAGAGAUACUUGCAGAAUUAAAGGCUGGGAUUUUGGUGCUACAUCAAUUUAUAUUGGAUCACUAGGAAAGAAUUUGAAAAAUUUCCUUUUGCAAUUUCAUUGAGGGAGGUGAAGAAAGGGGGAUUUGAUUCAGCAUGAGUUGGCAAGCUUCACCAUCAUUGAUGGAUACACCUGACACUGCAUUCUCCGAGUUUGUGGGGAGAGUGAAGUCUUGGAUCCCACGGCGAAGUGAGCCACCAAACGUCUCGAGGGAUUUUUGGAUGCCAGAUCACAGUUGUAGAGUUUGUUAUGAGUGUGAUUCUCAGUUCACAAUCUUCAACCGGAGACACCAUUGUCGCCUUUGUGGGCGAGUUUUCUGUGGGAAAUGCACUGCAAAUUCUGUACCCAUUUCACCUUAUGAUCCUAAUAAUGCUCGAGAAGACGUGGAAAGGAUUCGUGUUUGCAAUUUCUGCUUCAAACAAUGGGAACAAGAUAUGCUGAGUCCUCGAAAUGGUAUUAGGCCUCACAGUGAUGGCUUCAACCCUUCACUUUCAGCAAUGAGUUUGGUAUCAUCUCCGGACACGGAUAGUAGCAGCAGUGUGAUGCCUAGCUCCUUCUCAUACUCGACUGUUUCUUAUCAGCAUGGUCCAUAUGUUCAUAAUCUUAGUCGUGUCCAGUCGGCUAAAUUGGGUUUGAAUCUUGAUAAUCAUGACAUCCGGGUAUCACAGAGGAAUUCUAUUCAUGAUAUUGAUGUUUCGUCCCCAAACCGGUUCAACUUUCACAUGAACAGGAGCGAUGAUGAGGAUGAGGAGUAUGGUAUGUCGCGUUCUGAUUCAGAAACACAUCAUAUUUUGCAUUCUGAUAUUUACUAUGGCCCAGUUGAAUUUGACGAAACAGUCCAGGAUUACCAUUCACCUGAUUUUCAUUCUGUUCAAGAAAAUAAUGAAACUAAGGAGAUUGACUCACCUUUGCACAAUAAUACAGAAUCACGUGUAUCUAUAGACGCUGAUAAGAUGACAGAUGAAGCUGCACCAGAUAAUAGCUGUAAUGAUCAUACUUCUUCAAUAUACAGCUUGGAAGCUGAAGAUACGGAACCCAUGGAUUUUGAUAAUAAUGAGAUACUUUGGUUUCCUCCUGACCCUGAAGAUGAAGAAGAUGAGAGGGAAUCUGAUGUAGUUGCUGAAGACGAUGAUGAGGAUCCUACAGGAGAAUGGGGAUAUAAUCGUACAUCGACCAGCUCUUGCAGUGGUGAAUAUCGGAGCAGAGAUCGAACAAGCGAAGAACAUAAAAAGGCAAUGAAAAAUGUUGUUGAUGGGCAUUUUAGAGCUCUAAUAGCCCAGCUUCUACAGGUUGAAAAUGUCCCAAUGGGUGAUGAAGGUGACAAGGGAAGUUGGUUGGAGAUAAUAACAGGCUUGUCAUGGGAAGCAGCAACUCUUCUAAAGCCAGACACCAGCACGGGAGGAGGAAUGGAUCCUGGUGGGUAUGUGAAGAUUAAAUGCAUUGCUUGUGGACAUCGCAGUCAAAGCAUGGUAGUAAAAGGAAUUGUUUGUAAGAAGAAUGUAGCACAUCGUCGCAUGACCUCAAAAGUACAAAAGCCUCGUUUCCUAAUACUUGGAGGAGCUCUUGAGUACCAGCGAGUAACUAAUUCACUAUCAAGUUUUGACACUUUGCUGCAGCAGGAAAUGGAUCACUUGAAGAUGGCAGUUGCAAAGAUUGAUGCUCACCAUCCCCAUGUACUCCUUGUAGAAAAAUCAGUCUCUCGUUUUGCCCAAGAUUAUCUACUUGCAAAAAACAUAUCGCUUGUUUUAAAUAUGAAAAGACCUCUACUAGAGCGUAUUGCACGUUGCACUGGUGCUCAGAUUGUCCCCUCUAUUGAUCACCUGUCAUCUCAAAAGCUUGGGCAGUGUGAUCUGUUUCAUGUGGAAAAGUUUCUAGAAGAGCAUGGCAGUGCUGGGCAGGGUGGGAGGAAAAUGGUGAAGACACUAAUGUUUUUUGAAGGGUGUCCAAAGCCCUUAGGUUGCACAAUUUUGCUCAAGGGUGCCAGUGGAGAUGAGCUGAAGAAACUGAAACAUGUUAUCCAAUAUGGAAUUUUUGCAGCCUAUCACCUAGCACUGGAGACUUCCUUUCUUGCAGAUGAAGGUGCCUCUCUGCCAGAACUUCCCUUAAAAUCUCCAAUUACAGUUGCAUCGCCAGAUAAACCGGCAUCCAUUUGUGACAAAUCAAUUUCUACAAUACCUGGUGUUGCGCCCUCUUGUGUCAGUAAGCCACAACUUACUAUUGAUGUGCAAGCACACAAAGAAUUUGUCCCGGCUUUAACAUCAAGUUCUGGAAACAAAGGAGCACCUGGUUCUACUUUUGUCUCUCCUGUUGGCAUGAAAAAGUCUCCUGGGGAGAAAAGGGAUCAGAUCUCUACUUUAGCUGGCUUAUUUUCAAAUUCUCGACAAACCUCUCCUCGUGAUACUGCUAGAGAAAAAAAUAAAGUAUGUUUUGGAGAAAUUCGUGAGGUUGAAACACUUAGAAACAAUGACCAAGCAGUAAAACAUGAUGCUAAUGUUCCUUCUCGCUACAGCACUGGUUCGCAAAGUUUAGACAGAAUGCCUAAUGAUAGUCAAAUUCAAAACGAGGAGACAACAGGACAACUUGUCUCUAGUUUGGCAAAUGUGUUGCAAGAAAAUGAACAAAGGACUGACUGUACAUUGCCAAAAGAAGAAAUCCCCCCUGACCAUCAGAGCAUUUUGGUUUCUCUUUCCACACGCUCUGUGUGGAAAGGGGCUAUUUGUGAGCGUUCACAUCUUUUUCGCAUAAAAUAUUACGGUAGUUUUGAUAAGCCACUGGGAAGAUUUUUACGAGAUAACUUAUUUGACCAGACUUUUAAGUGUUGUUCUUGUGAAUCUCCACCUGAAGCUCAUGUUCAUUGUUAUACUCAUUACCAAGGUAGCCUGACAAUAUCAGUUAGGAGGCAUGCACAUUUAUGUUUGCCUGGAGAGAGGGACGGGAAGAUCUGGAUGUGGCACAGAUGUCUACGAUGCCCUAGGGUUCAUGGAUUUCCUCCUGCCACUCGCAGAAUUGUGAUGUCUGAUGCUGCUUGGGGUUUAUCUUUUGGUAAAUUUCUGGAGCUUAGCUUUUCAAAUCAUGCUGCUGCAAGUAGGGUAGCGAGCUGUGGCCAUUCUCUUCAUAGAGACUGCCUUCGGUUUUAUGGCUUUGGAGAAAGGGUUGCUUGCUUCCGAUAUGCAUCAAUUAAUGUUAACAAUGUUUACCUACCACCUCACAAGCUUGAUUUCAAUUGUGAGCAUCAGGAAUGGAUACAAAGAGAAGCAGAAGAGGUGGCUAACAGGACUCAACUUUUAUUCAACGAAGUAGUAAAUGCUUUGCAACAAAUUGCAGAGGGUAGGCCCACCAGUUCUGCCUCUACUAAUGGUAGUAUGAAAAUUCCAGAAUUAAGAAAUCAUAUUCUUGAACUUGAAAAAAUGCUGCAAAAGGAGAAGGUGGAAUUUGAGGAUUCUUUACAUAAAUUACAGGACAAGGAGGCUAGGAAAGGACAGCCAAACAUUGACAUACUUGAUGUUAAUAAAUUAAGGAGACAAUUACUUUUCCUGUCAUAUCUGUGGGAUCAACGCUUGAUAUUUGCUGCCGGAUCUACUAGUAUUGCCCAUGAAAUGCUUAGUGGUUUUUUGACAAGAGACAGGGAGAAGGCCAGCACUAAUGAGAAACUAGCAGAGUUGAACCCAGCCCCCAAGUCCCAGCUAAGCUUUACUAGCUCUGAUACACUUUCUCAAGAUUCAAGAAAUGGUGAGCCUUUUAAAGGGAACAUUCUUUCGGUUAGCCAUCAAGAAGGACUCUAUGAUGAGCAAAAAGUAGACCCCGAUCUGGACUCUUUCCAGGGAAAACAAAAUAACAUCCUUCUUUCUACUUGCACAAGUGCAAGUGAACAAUUGGAUACUCUGGAUUUAGGUCUUUCUACCUGUAGAACCCUCUCUGAUGGACAGGUUCCAACAUUAGCAAAUUUAUCAGAAACAUUUGAUGCAAAGUGGAUUGGUGAAGAAACUGCCCCUGUGCUUGCAGAUGCAAGCAUGUCAGAUUCGGCUUCAGUUGAAGCAACAGCUAUGAUGUCGGUUUCAGAGGAUUCAGAAGAACGAAGUGGCGCCGAAAUGACGCAGUCCUUUACAUCUGCUUUGCUUGGCAGGUUGGGUGACAGUGCAGAGGAUUUCCCAAUCUGGAUAGGAAUGCCCUUUCCCCACAUUUAUCGUUCUGUGAACAAGAAUUUGGCAAUUGCUCCAAGAUUUGGUGCUCUUUGUGACUAUAGUCCUGUAUAUAUCUCCUUGUUCCGUGAGUUGGAGCAUCCGGGUGGGGCAAGGUUGCUUCUUCCAGUUGGAGUAGAUGAAACUGUCAUCCCAAUUUAUGAUGAUGAACCCACUAGUAUUAUUUGUCACGCACUUGUCUCUCCUGUUUACCGUAUCCAAAUGUCAGACGAGCGGGAAAGAAUGAGAGAUAAUGCUGAUGCAUCACUUUUUCAGUCCUCCACGGAGUUUGGGAAUUCUUUCCUACAUCAGUCAACUGAUGAAAUGAACUAUGAACCGUUUAAAAGUUUUGGAUCAAGUGAAGAUGGCGUUUUGUCGUUGGUCGGGGGCAGAAGUUCUGUGGUUUCGGAUCCUCUUACAUCCGCAAAAGCGGUGCAUGUCAGAGUUUCUUUUUGUGAUGAAGGGCCAAUUGGGAAGGUCAGAUAUACUGUGACUUGUUAUUAUGCCAAACGUUUUGAUGCAUUGAGGAGAAUUUGCUGUCCAUCCGAACUCGAUUAUAUAAGGUCACUCAGUCGUUGUAAGAAAUGGGGAGCACAGGGUGGCAAGAGCAAUGUUUUCUUUGCAAAAACUUUGGAUGAUAGGUUUAUAAUAAAACAAGUUACGAAAACAGAGCUUGAAUCAUUUAUAAAAUUUGCACCUGAGUAUUUUAGAUAUCUUUCAGACUCAAUUGUCACACGAAGCCCUACAUGCUUGGCAAAGAUUCUGGGUAUCUAUCAGGUUACUUCCAAGCAUCUGAAGGGUGGCAAAGAUUUAAAGAUGGAUGUGCUGGUUAUGGAGAAUCUUUUGUUUACGCGGAACAUAACUAGGCUGUAUGACCUAAAAGGAUCUUUAAGAUCGCGGUAUAAUACAGAUUGUAACAACAAGGUCCUUCUUGAUCAGAACUUGCUCGAGGCUACUUCUCCAAUUUUUGUGAGAAACAAGGCAAAGCGGCUUUUGGAGAGAGCUGUAUGGAAUGACACUGCUUUUCUCGCGUCUGUUGCUGUAAUGGAUUAUUCUUUACUGGUGGGAGUUGAUGAAGUGAAGCAUGAACUUGUUUUGGGAAUUAUUGAUUUCAUGAGGCAGUAUACGUGGGACAAGCAUCUGGAGAAUUGGGUUAAAGCGUCAGGUAUUUUGGGUGGACCAAAGAAUGUUGCUCCUACUGUGAUUUCACCCAAACAAUACAAGAAGCGUUUCAGGAAGGCCAUGACUGGAUAUUUUCUUGUAGUUCCAGAUCAGUGGUCAGCUCUUUCCACUGUUCCAACUAGUUUGCAGCCAGAUUCCAGUGAAGAUAACCAGCAGGAGGCCUCUCUUGAAUCAUAGGGUCAAACUGUAUAUUUGAAGGUGUAAGUAGUGAAAGGCCCAUUUUUUUCAUAGGGCUCCUCAUGUUGCUUUUUCUUUAUUUCUGUUUAUUCAUUCUUUUACUGCUGGGCAUGGCUGUCUCAUUCUAUUCCCUUCCAAGUUUUGUGUAUUACUGUUGAAGAUCAAGUAGAAGGUCAGUUAUAUUGUUGUGA